GUGUUAAAGCAGAGCAGGUAGACGCACAGGAAGAAGGGGAAACAUGGCUUUUAUGACUCUGCUGUGUCUGCUGUUACUGCACCCUGGCUCCACCGCUCUAAUGAGUUCUCCAUUGGACGAGCUUUUUCAUCACUCCUCCAGUCAGAGAGACAUAGUUUCCUUUCCUGGUUCUUCUCCUGAUGCCUCAGCGAGCGGGCGACUGCGUCGAUCGGCUCUGAUGCCUGACAUCACACAUCUGGAACUGCUGGUGGUGGUUGGUCCUGAUGUCCAGCAGGUCCACAAGCAGGAUACAGAACGAUACAUCCUCACCAACCUUAACAUUGCCUCCGAGCUGCUGAGAGACAUGACCCUGGGUGCCAACAUGAGGGUGCACCUGGUCCGCAUGAUCAUCCUGUCAGAGCCAGAGCCAGAGAUCCAAAUGUCGACCAACAUUACCUCUUCUCUCAGAAGUGUGUGUGACUGGGGCCGAAGGAUAAACCCCUCAAACGAUACAAACCCACUACACGCUGAUCUACUGUUGUACAUUACAAGGUAUGACCUGGUGUUGCCUGAUGGGAACAAGCAGGUCAGGGGGGUAGCACAGCUGGGUGGGGCUUGCUCCAGUGAAUGGAGCUGCGUGAUCACAGAGGACACAGGCUUUGACCUGGGGAUCACCAUCACUCAUGAAAUUGGCCACAGUUUUGGAAUCAACCAUGAUGGAGUGGGAAACACCUGCAGCAGGAGUGGUUUCAUGAUGGCCUCGGAUGGAGGUUACAACAGUGUGGAUCUGACCUGGUCGCCGUGCAGCAGACAGCAGCUGCUCACAUUCUUCAGGUGGGGCCAAUCAAAUGGUGUAAACAACCUUCCUGCACUAGGAGCAUCCCUACAAGACUGGAACCCUGGGUUAUAUUAUGGGGUUGUCGACCAGUGCCGUAUAGCUUUUGGUAGCCCGCAAAGAGCCUGCUUUGUUUUGCCAGGGAACCAGGGACUUUUGGCAGUGAGUGUUCUCAUCGGGGUUAAACGUGACAGGACAGGCACGGGCAACUCCCAAACACUGCCCCCCUUCUACACCUGGAUCCCCGCUGUAGGGCUUUGCACAAGGGGGAUGAGCAGUGCAGAUUUAUACGUGCCAGUCAGAUGGGGAAAAUUCAUAGGUGUACCGGUGGGCUCUCAGUUUGUGGAUGGGACUCGCUGUCAGUCGGGCAAGCCCGUCUCCUUUGGCUCCACAGCUGCUUGUCUAAGCGGGAAAUUGGUUGCUGUGAUGGUGCACUGCAUUCUGGGAAAUUAUAAUUCAGCGCUUCCUGUUUCAGAGUACACCACCUUCCUCUCUCUGCCAGUGAAUGCCACACAGGUCCACAUUGUCAACAGGGCUCCUCUCUUCACUCACAUGGCUGUAACUGUUGGGGAUCGGUACAUUGUGUCUGGGAGGGGCAGCAUGGGGCUGAAUAUGACCCACCCCUCACCACUGGAUGAUAACCGCCUAGAGUACCACCUCCACCUGACCCCUGACCUUUUGCCUGAGAUGGAGGAGCUGCUGUUGCCCGGACCACUGCAAGAGGAGAUAAACAUACAGGUCUAUCGUAAAUAUGGAAAAGAAUAUGGAGAGAAAACAAAUCCAAACAUUACCUUCCAGUUCUACCUGCCUAACAGAAACAGUGACUUGACAGACAUCACACCUAAAGGGAAAUGGGCUGUCUUAACAACACCCUGCUCUGUCUCCUGUGGAUCAGGUGUACAAAAGCAUGUAUACGUCUGUGUAGGACAAGAUACCAACAACCAUUUGGAGGAACACAAUUGUGAAACACCUCCUCCACCUACACCACUCCACACAACCUGUCAGCUCUCCCCCUGUCCCCCCAGGUGGGAUACGGGGAUGUUUGGGCCUUGCAGUGCCUCCUGUGGUGGAGGAGAGAGAGUGCGUCCUGUAGGAUGUGUUCAGAGACAUGGAUCUAAUAUGAUAAAGGUUCCAGAUUCUAAAUGCCCUUCUGAUACAGCUCCAAAUACUGUUGAGAAAUGUAACCUGCAACACUGUCCUGCCAGGUGGCGUGUGUCAGAGCCAGGGGAAUGUUCAGCAGUGUGCGGGCCAGGAGAAGCCAAGCGCGUCGUGUCAUGUGUGCGGCCCCAGGAUGGCCAGGAUGUUGAAGUGGAUCAAAGCGUUUGCUCAAAGCAGAUUAAACCGCCUGAUUCUGUGCCCUGUGUGGUAGAUGUUUGUCCUAUUGGGUGGGAAUCUAAGGGAGAGGAACAGACGGUGCCGAAGCCUGGUUUGUUACCACGCUCUAGACAGGUUCCUGUGUAUGUGUGGAGUCCUGUUAUCAGCCAGUGCUCUAAGACCUGUGGCAACGGAACCCUGCAGGUGUGGUUUUCCUGUGUGGACCACCAGACCAGACUGGGUGUGCCUGACUUUCACUGUGAUGCUUCUACUAAACCUCCUCUGCAGUCUGAGACAUGCAACACAUCUCCCUGCACUCCCAUGUGGGCAACUCCAAGCAAGGAGUCCUCAGUGUAAACGUGUGGAGGGAGGGUGGCCAACAGGGUGCUGUACUGUGCUAGAGAAACAGAGGGGGAGGAGGAGGUGGUGGAAGGACUUCAGAGUGCAGCGGAUUUCCAAACCCCACAGCAGUGGUUUCAAUGUAACACCCACAGCUGCCCGGCAAAGUGCUCAGUACCCUGUGGAUACGGGAUCCAGUCCAGAGCUGUGUCCUGCAUGGGCCCCACCAAGCCGGAGCCCCUCAGCCCUCUGCUCUGUAUGCACAUGCCCAAGCCAAUCACCAUUCAGGGCUGCAACAUGGGCAGCUGCAAAGAGGAGGGACCUCUCCUGUCUGCCACCCAGAGCUACAGAGAUACACCUCUGCUCCGCAUGGGCCACCUUCCUCCUCCGAGUCCGACAGAGGCAGUCACCAUCCCACAGACCACUACGACAAUCAUUCCGACACCUAAACCCAGUGCAUGUGGACGGCUACUCCUAGAAGAAUCAGGCAUUGUGGAUCUGAAAAAUGUAACCGGCCGCUGCACAGUAUCCAUAGGUCGACCCCUGGAUGAGGUCAUUUAUGUUAAAGUGGAAUCUGGCUCCUUGAACUGCAGAAAAAAGGAGUAUGUUGCAUUUUUUGACCGACUGGCCUUUGUGAGGAAGUGCGAGCAGGUAGCAGGAAGCGAACUGACCACCAGAACCAACGUCCUGCUUGUGCGCCAAAACCUGCUCACUGCUGGGAACGGGGUUGUGUUCGCCUACAGUUCACGGAAGAAUACGAAGAAGAGCCACCGUCAGGAUUGUGACAUUCAGCUGUUUUCCCCAAGCGGUGUCUUUGAGAAUCCAACAACGUCCAACACUAACCACACCUGUCGAGUCCUCAUCAAUGCCCCUCCCUCUGUGAAGAUCAGAAUCCAGGCCCUGCACAUAGGAUUAGUAUUCAACUCCACCAACUCCCAGUCUACAUACAUUAUGAUCCGGGACAUGGACGUCUUAAAGACCAACGUGUUUAAAGGCCAGCAGCUGUUCCUGUGGCACUCCUCUGGAAAUAUGGCAGAGGUUGAAUUUCAUGGAGACUACCUGCAUUCCAAAGGGAGCUUCAGAGCUGAAUAUUCCUUUUUGCGUCCUUGAUACUAGAUAUUAACUAUUAUUGAGGAGGUUUGAAAUGUAUGUUUUAACAUUUCUUCAGUUUACAGCAAGGGUUUUCAAACUCUGAGACUGUGGGCCUCGCCUUAGACAAAGUUUAGGAACAGGCGCCCCUCACCCUCUUUAUUUACUUGCUUAGUUUUGCUCAAUUCCUGGAUGCCUUUGGGAUCAUGCUUAUGUUAUGUGAUCCUAUAGACACUCAACAGUUGAGCCAAGAUAGUCUUAUAUUGCUGUUUGACAUAACUUUAGAUUACACCAAACACAUAAAAAGAGUCUGUCCAAAGGCAUUUAUUCAUUUCUGAAUCAGAGAAAGUCGGAAGAUCAGUAAGAUUCUACUGAAAACUAUCUCUGAACUAUCUCUUUAACCAAAUCGUACAUAUUUAGGCUACUCUAUGUGAUCUCCUUUUUUGUAACAUGUUUUUACUUCUAUUCACUGAGCCUCCUCUGAAGCUGUUCGGCAACCACUUUUAUGGAUGCUUCUAACAGUCAUUAACUUCUACUCUGUUGAGUAGAAAGACCAAAGCAGACUUUAGCCACAUUCUUUCUUUUUGUCUUCAUGCCUAUGUGCUAAUUACUUUGACCUGAAAUAAAUAAUAAACAAGCCAAAGCAUUGAAAAUCAAUCGAAGUCAAGCAAGGACAGUAUCAUUCUGAAGACUAACUUGUAGUAUGUAAGUAUAAAUAAAGAAAAGAAAUAUGUAUAAUAUUAGAAAUAAAUGGAUUGUGUUCAUUCAAAUUAUGUCAAUUUAAAGUUUAUAUAUAUAUAUAACACAAUAUAUUAAAAUAUAGAAU